UUGCGCGUGCGUCAAUUUGCUAGUCGUUCUUCUUGACACGCAAAAUUCACCCCGCUCUGGUUUGCUUUAGUGAAUCUUACUUUUUCAGAAUGCAGCAAGGCUACAAUCCAAGGCCAUCUUAUGGCGCUCCACCACAGAAGAGGUUCAGGAACGCUAAUGGAGGGGCUAACAACAGGAGAAAGCAGCCUAACUUCUCUGCUGACAUAGUGUUCACCACCAAGGCGGGAAAUGUGCAGACCAUCCCGUCCUUGACCAAACAGUUGAAGGCCAUGACUGGUGAGACUGUCAUUGGUCUUCAGUAUGUGUGGGAGUACCGCAGUCCCAGUAAGUCAGUCCCGCCGCAUUACCAGUGUAAACUCUGCAAAGUGAGCCGUCUGCAGACUGACAUGCUGGCUCACAUCAAGGGCUGGAAGCACUCCUUCAGAUACAUGAAGCAAAAUCAUUCUGCCAAGAUUCCCUUUGAGGAAGAUGCUGCCACAAAGGACCAUGACGUGAGGAAGAAGGUGAAAAAAGCAGCAGCAGAGCUGGAGAAGGCAGAGGGCAGGGGACAGCUGAAGGUGAUUCUGAAGGAGCCCAGUGAGGUCCAAGCGUUUGCAGGACUGCGUUCAGCAAUCCCCAACAUGGGGCCACCAGGAGGGAUGGGAGGGCCAGGAGGGAUGGGAGCUAGAGGACCAAAACCAGGUGGCAGGUUUGCAGAGCCUCUCUUCCCAGGGGAGUUCCCUCUCCAAGGCGGCCUCCUCAACUACCCCAUGGGUGGUAUGGGGGGCUACUCUGACCCCCUGUCUCGCUCCACUCCCUCUACGGCCUUCCAGAAAAGGGACAUGAGCUUCCGAGGCUACCCUGACAAUACGGGGGGGCUGGGGGGUUCAGCCGAUGGCUUUGGGCUGGGAAGGGACGGAGGCUUUGGCCAGGAGGGGCUGUUGGGGGAGAGUCCGGGAAGCUGCUACCCUGAUGAGUUCAGAGGGGGACAGAUGGGAAGUGGAUCAGGCCAAGGGUUGAUGGGAGCUGUACCUGAAACCAGCAGCCUUCCAUCCACGCUACUCAAAUACCUGGACAAUUUCCGGAUCGAGAACGAGGGUGAUGCUCAGAUCGUGCUGAAGGUGACACAGAAGCUGACGGAUGUCCUAAUGGACUACAGACUUAGGAGUGUUUCCUCGCAGGGUCCUAGUAUGAAGAGCGGUUUGUCGCUGGGCUCCAUGAGCUACUCUGAUUCUCCCAGAAUGUCUAGCGGUAGUGACCGCUUCUCAGGUGGCUUCUCUGGGAACCUCUCCGGCCCUUCCAGAUACUCUGAUGGUCCAUCCAGGUACUACAACUAACUGAUCCAUCCCCACAUGACACAUCCACCUUCCUGGGGUAACCCAUCCUCCGCCUCACCCCCAAGAUAUACCCCGAGUCCAUGGGGGUCUGCAGCUGUCUGUCUAGCCACUGAAGAGGAUUUUUAUUUUAUAUAGUUAUAAUUUUCCUUCAAAGCAGAAACUGAUACAAUUGUGUACUUAUUAGUGCAGACUUUGUUUCUACAACUUCUUUUGACAUUAAUAGGUUGGACCAAAGUUUGACUUUUAGAUUUAUUAACCAUUGUCUGUAUUCAUGUGAAUUUGGCAUAUAUUUUACUGGGGUUUCUUGGAUGAAUCUUGUCUAGAAAUUAAGUGUUUGAUAGAAAACAAGUAAUGUUUAGGGAAACAGAUGUUUGGUGGUAAAAUGGGAUACUGAUCUACUGACUGCUGUUUUGUUUGAGUUGGGCUUGUCAUCGCUGUUUUUCUCCACACCUGCGACCAGCCACCCUGACAGCUGAUGAAACCGUGGAGUAUUUCUGUCUGUAUUAAAGCCAGAACGGCUGGGCCUGAACGGAAUCCCAGGAUGUAUGGUGCAUUUGGAAAGUAUUCAGACCCUGACUCUUUCCACAUUUUCUUACGUUACAGCUGUAUUUUAAAAUGUAUUAAUCUACACACACACACACACUACCCAAUAAGUAAAAACAGGUUUUUAGAAAUGUUUGCAAAUGAAUUAAACUGAAAUAUAUUUGCAUAAGUAUUCAGACCCUUUACUUAGUACUUUGUUGAAGCACCAUUGCCAGCAAUUACAGCCUCAAGUUGUCUUCAGUAAGAUGCUACAAGCUGUAUUUGGGGAGUUCCUCUUCUCUUCAGAUCCUUUCAAGCUCAGUCAAAUUGGAUGGGGAGCAUCACUGCAUAGCUAUUUUCAGGUCUCCCCAGAGAUGUUUGAUUGGCAGGGUCACUCCAGGACAUUUGAGACUUGUUCUGAAGCCACUCCUGGGUUGUGACACUUGGCAUUCAGGCCAAAGAGUUCAAUCUUGAUUCCAACAGACCAGAGAAUCUUGUUCCUCAUGGUCUGAGUCCUUUAGAUGCAUUUUAGCAAACUCCAAGCGGGCUGUCUUGUGUUUUCACUGAGUGGCUUCCUUCUGGCCUCUACCCUAAAGGCCUGAUUGGUGGAGUGCUGCUAAGAUGGUUCUCCACAGAAGAACUCUGUCAAAGUGACCAUCGGGUUCUUGGUCACCUCCCUGACCAAGGCCCUUCUCCCCCGACUACAGCCAGCUCUAGGAAGUCUUGGUGGUUCCAAACUUCUUGCUCUGACAUGCACUGUCAACUGUGGGACAUAUAGACUGGUAUGCCUUUCCAAAUCAUGUCUAAUCAAUUUAAAUUGACCACAGGUGGACUCCAAACAAGUUGCAGAAACAUCAAGGAUGCUCAAUUGAGUCUCAUAGCAAAGGGUCUGAAUAUGGUAUGUUUUUUUGUUGUAAUUUGCAAACAUUUAAAAAAAAUUAAAAAAAACUUUUUGCUUUGUCCAUAUGGGUUGUGUGUAGUUUGAGGGGCAAAAUGUAUUUAAUCCAUUUUAGAGUACUUUCCAAAUGCACAGUAUGGAGGAUGUUGCUUCGCUGUAAAACUGGAACUGCAUCACCCAGGGGAUUCCAUGAGUUGUAUUUUAUCUGAUCCAACAAAAUAGGGAACUGAAAAUAAACUCUGGUGUCAUCUA